AUGGUUUGGCUUUUAGGGAUGGUGGAUGAAGUCAUACAAGCCAUUAUCAUGGGACCGAAUAAGGUUUUUAAGUUCAACGAGAGCGACGUUGAGAAGGUAUUCAGAAUGCCAGCAGUUGGAACAGAUGCGAUGGACAAAACCCUUGAUAGGAGCGAGACUGUUUUUGCAUACUUGCGAGCUCGAUUGGGGAUAGAGAAUAAGGAGAUAAGAAGUCUGAAGAGCAUACAGUCCACACUGUCACGUCACUAUAAGGGGAAGAUGUCACAAGCAGAGGUGGCUGCAUUCAAAACUACGUACAUCGUUUUCAUGAUGACACAUGUAUUUGCACCGACAGUCAAGAACGACUACUUCUACACCGACUAUUGGUCCGCACUGGUUGACCCGGAUAGCUUGGAUAAGUUCAAUUGGGGAAGAUAUAUCGUUGAAGUAUUGUGUGCUGCCGCCGGGAAGAUGAAACAAGAUAUUCGCAGGAAAACCACGGUGUCGAACAUAACAUGA